AUGGCCGAGGAGUGGCCAUUGAUCGAAUUGGCGAAGGACAGGACAGUUCAUGUGCAGCAUAAUAUGCGCUUGUGGCCAUACCCGCUGGAGGCGCUGAACAUUGGCAGCGCCCGGAUCGGUCGUGGGACGGAGUCGUACGGUCCGGACGACCCGGUACGCACCGGGUACCAAGCGUUGACGCUGGCGGCCUUCAGAUCACCCGGACUGCUCGGAACGCAUGGCUUUAGCUUUGGCAGCAAUUUCGGCUUCCGCGAUCCAUCGGCGACGUCGCCGUCCACCGCGUACGACACGUCCGGCGUCCAUCCUGCUCUCCCGCCCGCCACACUUACCGGUGCCGCCGGUUCACUGCUGAACCUUUCGCAGCACGCCACCGCCAACGCACACUUUCGGUCCGGCGUACCGAAUCCACACCACGGCGACACGGGUAGUCCGGUGAACCUGUAUCUGGGCGGUGGACACGAUCAGCAACACGGUGCAGAAGGCAGCCCUUACGGACGAUCGUAUCACGGCGGUUCGGGCGACGGCACGGGACUAACGUCGGACCAUCUCGGUGGACAUAGUGGGACGGCGUACGGGGCAAGUGAGCUCCAGGAGAAACCCGGAGACCAGGACCAGGACGAAAUUAACAUCCUGCAGGACGGGUCACGUGGUAAUAGUCCGGUAAACGGAUCCCGGCUGAACAGCAGUAACUACGGGUCGGAAGGUAGUCCGGAUCCGGAAGGUCGGGAGCCUGGUUCGAAACACCGGCGCGAAGAAUCUUGCGGAAGUCCACUCGGCAGUGCACGGUCUUACUCUAGUCAAACGAAGGACGGUGAGCUGGUGGGACUCGGCGGUUAUCCACUGUCCGGGAGUCCUCACGAGGAUAGUGUUGGAUCGUCCCGAAGUCCGGAAAAUCUUUCCCACGGUGGUGGUAGCUGUGGUCCACAGUCGGGCUCGCUCCAGUAUCAUCAACCGUCAAACGCUUCGGGAUCGUCCGUCGCUUCGUUCGCUCUGUCCGCCGUUGGACAUCAGCUGGCGCACCAGCAACAUCAGCAGCUAAACCACCACCACCAUCAACAGCACCACCACCAUCAUCAGCUGCAUAGUAACAAUAACAACAGUACCGGAGCAGUGAACCACAACCAUCUGGCCGGUUCGAAGGGCAAAACUCCGCACACGAUCUCGGACAUGCUGGACCACAAGUUGCAGCUCAGCUUUCUGGGCCCUCCGCUGGCCGCUCUCCACUCAAUGACGGAGAUGAAGGCGGCCCAGCACCAGCAACACGGCCACCCGCAGCAACAUUCCGCCCAAGGGCCACACUCGGGCCCGGGGAGCCCUGGGCCGGGCCAUCAGACGGCCGUGUCCCAGACGCAAACGCACUCGAGCUCGGCCAGCAAUCCGCACGGUAUCGAUACGAUACUGUCGCGGCCACCGCCCGUCACCACCGCCCAACUGAAUGCCUUAGGAGGCGGAAUGCCCCGCUUCACGGCGGCCGUCGCUGCGGCAGCCAACAUGGCGCAGUAUCUGUCGCAAAACCACGCGAACGGACCGAUGAAGGCCCACGCCGGACCGCUCGUCGACCGGACCCAUCUGUACUGGCCCGGUCUGCAGGGUUUGGUGGCGAAUCCGAUGGCAUGGCGCGAUCGGCUCGGUUCCAUGUCCGCCAGCUUGUCGCAGAACCAUCACGCCCAGGACAAGGAUGGUAAGAAGAAACACACCCGGCCCACGUUCAGCGGUCAGCAGAUAUUCGCCCUCGAGAAGACGUUCGAGCAGACGAAGUACUUGGCCGGUCCGGAGCGGGCCAAGCUGGCGUACGCGCUCGGUAUGACCGAGUCGCAAGUAAAGGUAUGGUUCCAAAACCGGCGAACAAAAUGGCGCAAGAAGCAUGCGGCCGAAAUGGCGACGGCGAAACGGAAACAGGAAGAGCUGGGCGACGGUGACGGGGACUGUAGCGAGCCGAUGGAUUCCGAUUCCGAAAGUCUGGAUCUAGUCGACACCGGAAGCAACCAACGGAAGCGCUGCCGGAUGGAGGACGAUAUGCGACAUUAGCAUCCUGCGAGUGCGGACCUUAUCAUCGGCCAGUGAUAGGAACUUCUACCAGCAAGUGUGUGCGUGAGUGUAAGUGUAUGGGAUGCAAAUUAUAAAUAUAUAUAGGCACAAUACGGCAUCGCACACAAGAGGAGGAGAGAAGAAGAAAUCGAAUUUAUUACACGUUAGUUUUAGCCAUCCAGAGGGAUGGACCAGAGGGGAGACAGUUUUAACUAGGAUGCUCUAGCCAAACUACUGCAGACGUCGACUGUCUGCGUCGGUGCAGAUGCAAGCUUACUCGCUUGAUAUGCCCCGCGUACCAGGAUGGAUUUUUUUAUUUAACUACUAGGGACCGCUAUGUAAAUGUAUAUGUAUGUAUGAUUGUUUGCGUGUGUCCGUGUGUGUGUGGAUGGACGAGCCAGGGCGAAUCGAUGGGAGACUGUAUGUAUGUACUUUACCAUACUAUCGACACAAAUUUGUAGACAACCCAUUUCCUUUAGAAACUCCGCCAAGGCAGCUUAAGAUGCUCCUGCUUAGGGAGAAGUUUUAGUGUACAAAGCGCAAAAGUAGACUUAAUUAUCUAAUUAAAUUACAAAAGUACACUAAGCACGGUAAGCAUAAAAACCCAGAAGCUGCUUGCGUAGCAUAGACAACAGACGGCAUCCAAUUGCGUACGAUUAGGUUCCUUGUGAAACGCGCACAAACGAGGCAUUCCAUAUAAUUUAGAAAUGAGUAUAAAUUUCGUUAAUCAGUUAAUAGACUCGCCCAAAAGCACUGUUCAAGGUGGUACGAGGUGCAAUAAGGCAAACGAAGAGAAACGGUUACCAACAUUUGAAAAAACUCUCUAUAGGAGAUAGUUUUGGUUUUUCUUGGCUACAAACUUCAAUUGUUCCAUUGCUUUAUUGCUGAUUUGAAACAAAUGUAUAAAACUUCCAAUAACACACACAAUUCUAUGAUAAUAAUAAAUAGAGCAGUAACAGGAACGAACGCAAACACAAGAUAACAACAACACAUUCAAAAACAAGCAAAGGCAAGUAAAUGAUGUAAAAAGUAGUGAUUCAUUUAAUUUAACCCCAUUACCCCUACAACGCAUGUAAUCUAUUCGAAUCGGGGGAAAAAAAUGGAGGGAAGAAACAGAAUACAAAUACAA